CUGAUUGAGGUACCGAUGUUUUAAAACCCUGCUGAUGGAGCAUCUGCUUAUUUCAUUACUCCUACCAUGUCUUUGCAGGAAAAUGCCAAGGAGCUAGAAGGAGAGUUCGAGAAGAGAAGGUUUAAAUUCCCCGUACAGAAUCCAGUGACUAAACCCGUCAAUAAGGUUUAUGACCGGCCGCAAAAGCACUCUGCUCUGCACUACGACCCAGGCCUCCAACAAGACUUCACCAGUGACACCUUAAAAUCAAAGCACCAGCAAAAAAGUAGCAACCAGCACCAUCUUGACUGGUCAGCAAGCUCUGAGGCUGGAUCUGCUUCUCAGAGUUGCUUCAUCAAUACAGAAUCCAGUCGAGAAGCAACCAGUGCUACCAAGGUUCCUGCUCUGGAGCCAGUUGUUUCCUUCAGCAAGUCCCAAGCGAAGAAAUCUGGUGCAGGCAGCACGUGGGCCCAGUUGUCAACCAGUAGCAAAGAGCAUGCUGUUUGCAGUGCAGUUCCAUCACCCAAUAACCUCGCCACCGCAUCCCAGCCUAGCAAUCCAUCAGAGUGCAAUGUGCUCCAUCCUCUAGUGGAUCAAGAGGGACCCGGGCAAAUAGAGGCCCCAGAUCAACCCUCUGGGAACACGAAGAAGAAGUCUAGCAAAAAGGACUUAAUAACUCAAACCAUCCAAAACUCAGAUGUAGAAUGGGUGAAAAGUGCUCAGAAAGCAUUUGAGAGCAAAGCCCAUGAGAGCGUGGAAGGGAAAAAGGAAUCUUAUUCAAUGGACAGUAUGCGAGAAGCAUCACCCGCAAAGCAGAAUCCCAGUUCUGCCAACGGUUCUGAGAGUGACGCCAGUCACGUACGAAUUACUAUCCCGAUAAAGACUCCAACAGCAGAUGCAUCAAGUCACAAAAGGAAAAAAAGGCAGUCUGCAAAACCUGCAGCAGACAAAAAUAUCCAGGAGAAAAGCCUGCCUUCUGGACUCCCCCUGAGCAGUGAAUUAGCAAACAGGACUAGUUCACAACCUGAGGGAAAUAAAAAAGAUUUCCGAGCCACAAAGCAAGGGAAAGUGAUUGAGAAUGAGUCCCCAUUGGUAGCUCUUGAAAGCAGCGGGAUUGCUGACAAAGCUUCCCCAAGCAGUGCGAGUAGGCUCAGAAAAUCUGCAGCUAUGAUGCCCGCUUCAGCACCCGUCGACCUUCCUCCAUCGAGCAAGUUAGCAGAGAUCCAGCACCCGAAACUCGCAGCAAAGCGGAGAUGGACCUGCAGCAAACCUAAAAACAUCCUUCGGGAAACCUCUGUGACAACGUCCGAGAAGCUGAUGGUGGAGCCUCCUUCAGCCUAUCCCAUCACUCCAUCCAGCCCUUUGUAUACCAACACAGAUAGUCUGACUGUGAUUACGCCUAUCAAGAAGAAAAGAGGACGACCAAAGAAACAGCCUUUGCUCACGGUUGAAACUAUUCACGAGGGAACCUCCACCAGCCCGGUCAGUCCGAUCAAUCGAGAAUUUCCAGGCACAAAGAAAAGGAAGCGGAGACGAAACCUGGCCAAGUUGGCCCAGAUGGUCCCAGGCGACGACAAAUCCAUCAGCGAACUGAAGUUUCACAAAAAGGUCGGGAAGCUCGGUGUGUUGGAUAAGAAAACCAUCAAGACCAUCAACAAGAUGAAGACCCUGAAGAGAAAGAACAUCCUGAAUCAGAUCUUGUCCUCCUGCUCCAGCAACAUAGCUUUGAAGACAAAAACACAGCCACCAACUAGCACAGGGGCUGCGACCAUCGAUGCCAGGCUAGGGAAGCAGAUAAAUGUCAGCAAGAGGGGGACUAUCUACAUUGGCAAAAAACGGGGCAGGAAGCCAAGAGCAGAGCUGCAGCCUCCGCCAGAAGAACCUAAGACAGCCAUCAAGCACUCAAGGCCUGUUUCUAGCCAGCCAGAAAACCCAGCAGUGCCUUCCAACUUGCAGUCACUUGUGGCAUCGUCACCAGCAGCUAUUCAUCCGCUUUCAACACAGUUAGUGGGGUCUAAUGGCAACCUUAGCCCUGCAAGCACUGAAACGAAUUUUUCCGAGUUAAAAACUAUGCCAAAUCUUCAACCCAUCAGUGCUCUUCCUACAAAAACCCAGAAAGGAAUGCACAGUGGAACUUGGAAGCUGUCCCCACCCAGGUUAAUGGCAAACUCGCCUUCCCAUCUGUGUGAAAUCGGUUCGCUGAAAGAAGUCACCUUGUCACCAGUGAGUGAGUCUCACAGCGAGGAAACCAUACCCAGUGACAGUGGGAUAGGUACAGACAACAACAGCACUUCUGACCAAGCAGAGAAAAGUUCAGAAUCCCGCAGGAGGUACUCUUUUGAUUUCUGCACCCUGGACAAUCCAGAGACCAUGCCGUCAGACACCAGCACAAAAAACAGGCAUGGUCACCGGCAGAAGCAUCUCAUCGUUGAUAACUUUCUCUCGCAUGAGAGCAUUAAAAAACCAAAGCACAAGAGGAAACGGAAAAGCCUGCAGAACAGAGAUGACCUCCAGUUUCUUGCAGACCUUGAGGAGCUCAUCAACAAGUUUCAAGUGUUCAGGAUUUCCCAUAGAAGCUACACAUUUUAUCAUGAAAAUCCAUAUCCCAGCAUCUUCAGGAUUAAUUUUGAUCACUAUUACCCUGUGCCAUAUAUCCAGUAUGACCCAUUGCUCUAUCUUCGCAGGACCUCUGACAUGAAGUCUAAGAAGAAGCGUGGUAGACCUGCCAAAACCAAUGACACCAUGACAAAGGUGCCUUUUUUACAAGGGUUCGGUUACCCUAUUCCCAGUGGGAGUUACUAUGCACCCUAUGGAAUGCCUUACACAUCAAUGCCUAUGAUGAAUCUUGGUUACUACGGUCAAUAUCCAGCUCCUUUGUACCUGUCUCACACGCUCGGCGCGGCUUCUCCAUUUAUGAGACCUACGGUGCCCCCGCCCCAGUUCCAUGCAAGCUCUCAUAUGAAGAUGUCCACCACUGCCAAACACAAAGCAAAACAUGGAGUGCACUUGCAAACACCUGUGGGAAUGAGUCUUGGAGACAUGCAGUCUUCCUUGGCUCCUCCGAAGGUUGGAGCCACCAGCCUGUCUAGUGGCCGACUUCACAAAAGGAAACACAAACAUAAGCACAAGCAUAAGGAUGAGCGGAUAUUGGGGACACACGAUGAUCUGAGCGGUCUCUUUGCUAGCAAGUCCACUGGCUUUUCCAGCCACGCGAUCAACGAAAGGCUGAGCAACUCAGACAAAGACCUCUCCUUGCUCAACGAGAAAAGCAAGCAUAAGGAGAAACAGAAGCACCAGCAUUGUGAAACCGGACACAAAGGCUCAAAGAGCAACUUUGAAGUGGAUACGCUGUCUACACUAUCACUUUCUGAUGCCCAGCAGUGGACACACAGUAAAGAUAAAAGUGACUCGAGCGGUGAUCCUGUUGACUCUUGCACAAAGAGAUACUCCAGCAACGCUGAGAGUAACGCGAGGUCAGAGUCCCUGGACAUGUUCGGUGACAUGAACUCCUCGAGUGAAAAGCGGGACACCGAUGCAAGUGGGAAUAAAAGGAGAAGCUUUGAAGGGUUUGGAACGUACAGGGAAAAAGACAUUCAGCCCUUCAGGACAAAUCGGAAGGACAGAAGCUCCUAUGAGUCGUCAGCCUCUUCAGAAGAUGACUGGGCUCAGGCUCUGAUGGACCAGAAGUGAGAGGAAGAUCCAAUA